AAAAUAAAAUAACUUGAAGCAUAAAAAAUAUUUUUACUGUUUCAAAUUCAUUACACAUUCAAACUAAUUGAAUAUCAUGGCAUCUUUAGAUUUAUUAACACCGCAUUUAUCCAAGAUCAAAAUACCGGGGCCGCAACAACUUAUAUACAAAGACGAAUGUGUUUAUUCGUUUGAUAACCCGGAAUCAGAGACAGGUCUUUAUGUGUCGCUGGUAACAUUCCUUGGUUUUGGCCGCAAUUAUGUUGAACAGUACUUCCAGAAGACAGAUAAUGCUGUCUUUCUUCACAUAUAUACAGAGAAGAAACCUAUACCAGAACCAGAAAAAACCGGUGAUGGCCCAGAGAAAAAGAUCACACGUCUCGCGAUCGGCGUGGAGGGCGGCUUCGAUCCCGACAGUGGGAAAGCCAAAUUCACAUACACCAACCACUACAGUGUUGUAGUGUUGCCCGGCUUCCACACUUACCCUUGGCCAAAUCCUGAUUUGCCAGAAGUUGUAAGAAAAUCAGUUCAAGCUGUUAUUGACGCAGAAUCACCAUUCAAAAUUGCUGAAAUGGCGGCAUUAGAAGGUACUUGGGAUGGCGAGACCAGGGAGGUCUCUGUACACGCAGUGAACCUAAAACAGUUAGACAACGGUGUAAAAGUACCGCCGUCCGGUUGGAAAUGCGACAAGUGUGAUCUCACCAACAACCUGUGGCUGAACCUCACGGACGGGUCCAUACUGUGUGGCAGGCGAUUCUUCGAUGGUACCGGAGGAAAUGACCACGCCGUGGAACACUAUCGCGAAUCAGGUUACCCUUUGGCGGUAAAGCUGGGUACGAUAACAGCGGAUGGCAAAGGCGAUGUCUACUCUUAUGCUGAAGAUGAUAUGGUCGAGGAUCCCUACCUUGCUGAUCACUUAAAGCACUUUGGAAUCAAUGUUCAACAACUGCAAAAGACAGAUAAGUCAAUGGUGGAGCUAGAACUGGAAUUGAACCAGCGUACCGGCGAGUGGAAUACGCUGCAAGAGUCUGGCAGCGAGCUGCGACCCUUGCAUGGGCCAGGACUCACCGGCCUUAACAAUUUGGGCAAUUCCUGUUACAUCAACAGUGUCGUGCAGGUCAUUUUUCGCAUACCCGAUUUUGUACGCAGAUUCGUUGAAGGGGCACCAGAUAUAUUCGCUACUUUCCCAGAAGAUCCUGUCAAUGACUUCGAUGUUCAAACCGCAAAACUGGGCGUGGGCCUGUUAUCGGGUCGGUACUCAGUGGCGGCGGACGCGGACGGGUCGCAGUGCGGGCUGGCGGCGCACAUGUACCGCCAGCUGCUGGGCCGCGGACACGCGGAGUUCCGCACCAAGCGGCAGCAGGACGCGCACGAGUUCUACCUGCACGUACUCACGCUACUAGAGCGGCAUAGUCGACACCGCGCGAAUCCGUCGGACUGCCUGAAGUUCUCAGUAGAGGAACGCGUGCGUUGCGGUGCGUCCGGCGGCGUCCGCUACCAGCAGCGAGCGGAGCACCACCUGCCGCUGCCGGUGCCGCUGUCCGCCGCCACCAACGCGGGCCGCCUGCGCGACCUCGAGCAGGCGCGCGCCGCCGCCCACAGGCCGCCACUAGACCCAUCACAAAUCGUCCGACCUGAAAUACCGUUCCAGGCGUGCCUUGACAGUUUCAUGAAGGAAGAAAGCGUGGAACAGUUCUACAGUAGUGCAGUCAAUGAAAAAGUCACCGCAUACAAAAUAACCCGUUUGGCCACGUUUCCUGAUUACCUUUUAAUUCAGUUAAAGAAGUUCACAAUCAAAGAAGACUGGACGCCCGCCAAGCUUGACGUCUCCGUAGAUAUGCCAUGGGAGGUGGACUUGAGUUGCCUGCGAGCCCGCGGCCCGCAGCCCGACGAGACUCUGUUGCCGGACACGGCCACGCCCGCGCCCGCACCCGUCUACAACCAACAGCUGCUCUCUGAUCUGAUGGAAAUGGGGUUUCCUGUUGAAGCAUGCAAGAAGGCUCUGUAUUACACAAAUAACUCGGGAAUGGAGGCCGCCUCUCACUGGUUGAUGGAGCACAUGAACGACUGGGACUUUGCCAAUAAAUUCGAACCUCCAGAAACACAGACUAGUGGUGGAUGCGCAGCGGCUGUGGACGAGGCGAGCGUGGAACAGAUAAUGGGUAUGGGGUUCGAGCGUGCGCAAGCGCAGCGCGCGUUGUCGGCCACCUCGGGCGACGUGGGCCGCGCCGUCGACUGGAUCUUCAGCCACGCAGCCGACCUCGACGAGCCCGCCGCGCCCGCACACCACGACCGCAAGCUCGGCUGCAGGGACGGACCAGAGAAAUACAGGCUGAUCGCGUUCAUAUCCCACAUGGGCACGUCGACGAUGGUCGGCCACUACGUGUGUCACAUCCUGCACGAAGGUCGCUGGGUCAUAUUUAACGACAAUAAGGUCGCCCUCUCUGAAAACCCUCCCAAAGAUCUCGGUUACCUGUAUUUAUAUGAAAGGCUGUGAUGACAAUAUACAAUCAAAGGAAGAUAAUGAAUCAUUGGUACCAAAAAUCGCUGGCUCGGUCACAUGUUUUACAGGAUUUAUAUGAUGUGGUAUUAAGUGUGGAAGUUGUAAGUGAUUCUAACUACUUUUAGGCGAUAUUUAUUAUAUAUAGAUAUGUUGUAUUUUAGUAAUUGCAAUUAGAUUAAUUACAAAAUUGUAUUAUCUAAUAUAAGUAGUUAUUUUUCAUAUGAAUACAUUUGUUUGCAGUUUUUUUAUUACAUACUUUGAAUAUGAACUUGUAAAAUGAUA